UUCCCCGCCCUCAGUUUCUUCCCCGCCCUCAGUUUCUUCCCCGGCCUCCGCUUUCUUCCCUGCCGGCUCCUCUUCUGGCCCGCCCACUCCUCCCUCGUUGCUUUUGCUCCUCACCGGCUGCAAGACCCGCAGUCUGCGGCUUCCGUCAUCUUAUUCGUUACGUCUCCUCUGCGCCGGAAGAAGAACUUUUCGCUUUUGGAAUCAUGGCGGCGGUGGAUAUCCGAGAUAAUCUGCUGGGAAUCUCUUGGGUUGACAGUACCUGGAUCCCCAUUUUGAACAGUGGUAGUGUUUUGGAUUACUUCUCAGAAAGAAGCAAUCCUUUUUACGACAGGACGUGUAAUAAUGAAGUGGUCAAAAUGCAAAGACUAACAUUAGAACACUUAAAUCAGAUGGUUGGAGUGGAAUACAUCCUUUUACAUGCACAAGAACCCAUUCUUUUUAUCAUUCGGAAGCAACAGCGGCAGACCCCUACCCAAGUUAUUCCACUAGCUGAUUACUAUAUCAUUGCUGGGGUGAUCUAUCAGGCACCAGACUUGGGAUCGGUUAUAAACUCCAGAGUGCUUACUGCAGUGCAUGGCAUUCAGUCAGCUUUUGAUGAAGCUAUGUCAUAUUGUCGGUAUCAUCCCUCCAAAGGAUAUUGGUGGCACUUCAAAGAUCAUGAAGAGCAAGAUAAAGUCAAACCUAAAACCAAAAGGAAAGAAGAACCAAGCUCUAUUUUCCAGAGACAACGAGUGGAUGCUUUACUCUUAGAUCUUAGACAAAAAUUUCCACCCAGAUUUGUGCAGCAAAAGUCUGGAGAAAAGCCUGUCCCAGUGGAUCAGUUAAAGAAAGAGGCAGAACCUGUACCAGAAGCUGUAAAAUCUGAGGAGAAGGAGACCACAAAGAACGUCCAACAGACAGUGAACACUAAAGGUCCCACCGAGAAACGGAUGAGACUCCAGUGAGUAUUGGACAAGACUACUCUUGUUCAUUAUCAUACCUCAUUUCUGUGGCAAGCUUUUGAACUUUAAAAUACUAUCACAGUCCUUUCCUUUGUAUGGAAUGCGCUUGUUCGUAAAGAAAGGAUGUUAUUCUGAACAUCGUGUUUUCUGUAUGAAGAUUUCAUAUGUAUCUUUUGUAACCUUUCCCGUAUUGGACUUGAGUAGCCUAGCCACUCAUGUAUACCUGUGUAUGCAGUUUAUAAACAAAAUAAAGGUAUUUGUCAUUUUGUAAUUUGAAAAUUUGUAAAUUUUCCAGAUAUACUUUGUUACCACAUAGGAUUGAAGUUAAAGUAAUAACUAAGCUUAUUCUCUUUAAUUAGUUAUGUAUUCCUCAUUAUUAAAAUAAUAAAGUUACUGACAAUUUGGAAGAUAAAAGGAAAAGCCUUACCCACCAGUUCCAUCACCCUACAAAUACUCUAACAGUGAAUCUUCUUUUUCUGUGCAUAGGUACUUUUAAAACCAUCUUUUGUGAUUAUUCUGUUUAUACAGUCUUACUUUAUUAUAUUAUUAUGUCUGUUGUAAGCCUUUUCUCAUGUUGAUGUAGUUUUUAGUGACUGAAUAAUUUCUGAGUAAUUAUGUCACAGUUUUUAAAACCUUUCUCUGAUGUAUUUAGUUUUUUUUCCAAUUUGUAUUAUUUUAAAUAAAGCUGCAGUGAUUGCAUUUGUAUA